CAGUGGAGAAAUAUGCUUUUUUUCAGAGUGCACUUACGCCAUCUACCCGUAGGGGCUGAUACUGCUGAAGCUAAAUUGGUUGAGUGCCCGGUUUGUCCUGUAUGUGGCGGUAAAGUGCCGUCAGAUUGAUAAUUAACAGCACGAAGAAGCGAGAGCGGCGCGGCAGUGAACAUGGCGGAUAGCUGGGUGAAAGGUUUACAAGACUACCGAAAGAAUCUAUUGGAGCACAAAGAGAUUGACGGACGCCUUAAAGAAUGUAAGAGUCAUCUCUGAUUCAUGAAGCAGCUGAAACAGGUUCAUGUAAAUAAACACUUCCUAUCGCUUUAUGAUGACCUGGAAUGCUCUGUUGCAGUGAGAGAGCAACUGAAGGAGCUCACCAAACAGUAUGAGAAGUCUGAGAAUGAUCUGAAAGCUUUACAGAGUGUGAGGCAGAUUGUUGGUGAGGUGCUGAAACAACUGACAGAAGAGAAGUUUAUUGUCAAAGCAACCAAUGGCCCACGUUAUGUUGUUGGAUGUCGUAGACAGCUGGAUAAAACCAAGCUUAAACCAGGCACUAGAGUGGCUCUGGACAUGACGACUCUGACUAUUAUGAGGUAUUUGCCUCGUGAAGUGGACCCUCUGGUGUACAACAUGUCCCAUGAAGAUCCUGGCAGUGUUUCUUACUCCGAGAUUGGUGGAUUGUCCGAGCAGAUCCGUGAGCUGAGAGAGGUAAUUGAGCUACCUCUGACCAAUCCAGAGCUUUUCCGGAGGGUGGGCAUAAUCCCUCCUAAGGGCUUCCUACUCUACAGACCCCCAGGCACAGGAAAGACCCUUCUUGCCAGAACAGUGGCCAGUCAGCUGGACUGCAAUUUCCUAAAGGUUGUGUCCAGUUCCAUUGUUGAUAAGUACAUUGGUGAGAGUGCCAGACUCAUCCGAGAGAUGUUUAACUAUGCCAGAGACCACCAGCCCUGCAUUAUCUUCAUGGAUGAGAUUGAUGCCAUUGGUAAUCAUAUUCUCCACAUGUUAAUCCAAGAAAUUCUUCUAGGAGGAAUUAACAGGAAUUGUUUGGUUGUUCUAGUGGAUUUAACAUAUACUUUGUCUUUGAAGGUGGAUGUCGGUUUUCUGAAGGAACAUCUGCAGAUAGAGAGAUCCAGAGGACACUGAUGGAGGUAUGUUUGCCAUCCGUGCCGAUCAUGAGUAUGUGACUCAGGAGGAUUUCAUGAAGGCUGUGAGGAAGUUGGCAGAUUCUAAAAAGCUGGAGUCCAAGCUGGAUUACAAGCCUGUAUAAUACACCAUGUUUGUGCA